CGGCCUUUCCGAGAUUGUCAACAUGCCACCUCCUAAAAAGAAGGGGAAGAAGAAGGUCGCAGCAGCGCCUUUAAAGGCCAAGAAAUCUGCAGAACCAAAGAAGGUGACAAAUCCCCUCUUUGAAAAAAGACCCAAGAACUUUGGCAUUGGUCAGGACAUUCAACCCAAAAGAGACUUGAGUAGAUUUGUGAAAUGGCCCAAAUACGUGAGGCUUCAGAGACAGAAGGCUGUGCUGUUGCAAAGAUUGAAGGUUCCACCUCCAAUUAACCAAUUUACCCAGGCACUUGACAGACAAACUGCAUCACAACUUUUCCGUUUGUUGGACAAAUACCGACCAGAAACUAAACAACAGAAGAAAGAGCGAUUGAAGGCUAGAGCCGAGGAGCGUGCCAAGGGCAAGGCUGAUGCACCAACAAAGCGCCCUCCAGUUGUACGCGCUGGAACUAACACAGUAACAACUCUAGUUGAACAGAAAAAAGCCCAACUGGUCGUCAUAGCUCAUGAUGUUGACCCACUUGAGCUUGUUCUCCACUUACCAGCUUUGUGUAGAAAGAUGGGUGUUCCAUACUGUAUUGUAAAGGGUAAAGCCCGUUUGGGACGUGUUGUACACAGAAAAACAGCAACCUGUUUGGCACUGGCUACAGUCCAUCCUGAGGACAGAAAUGCCCUUAACAAAAUAACAGAUGCUGUGAGAACUAACUUCAAUGACAGAGUGGACGAGAUCCGUCGUCACUGGGGAGGUGGAGUUAUGGGAAGCAAAUCACAGGCCCGCAUUGCCAAGAUCGAGAAGGCAAAAGCUAAAGAAAUUGCACAAAAAAUGGGUUAAACUGUAUUUAUUCCUGACAAAUAAACCUUCUGAAAGAAAA